GUGAAUGAAUAAUUUAGAUCGAUGACCCUGAGAAAGGAAGAUGGCAGAGUUUGGCCACAGCAGAUUUUCCACAAAGGGUUUUUUUUUGUAAAUGAUGUAACCAAAGGAUGUGAAACCAUUUUCAGUCUAUGUGAAGCAAAGGUGAGUGGAGAAACUAAAGCUAGCAGAGCUCUGAGUGCUCGCACCUCAAACAAGACCAACACUGAGCAGAAGCAGAUCUCAGGAUGGCGGAUGUAGAGAACCAAAAACCUGUGGCUGAAAGUGGCCCGAUGUAUCCCCCACCUCCAUAUAUGCCCCCUUCGUAUCCCAUCGGCCCCGUUUACCCACAGCCUGUUCCUCCACCAGUCGGCUUUAUUGCACCCGUUCUGCCACCAGAAGAAGCCGCAGUCAACAAAACAGAAGAGACGAGCCCAGAAACUGCUGUACUUCCACCUGAGGAGCAUCAGGUGUUUGUCUCUGCAUUUGACGAUAAUAAAGUCCAGAAAGCGUUUAUCAGAAAGGUAAGUGUUUCUCUCAUGUAAUCUAUAAAUAUUCUGAGUGCUCUGAAUUGUGGGUUUCAUCCUCACUUGCGAUCUCUUUCU